AUUCUAGAAAUAUAUUUUCCACGAAAGAAGCGCUGACGUAAUCAGCAGUAUAAGUAAUCUCCCUUAGAAUAGGAUUAUUAUUGAUCUAAAUGUUACGCAUACCUUAUUAAUCGAACCAGUCUGUAAGCUUUCGAACAUGGCGGACACACGCCUGAUUGACAGUGAAAGGAGAGAGAAGAAACUGGAAGAAGCCAAAAUUAUAAAAAUUACAAACAACCCAGAACUUCCUUCUCCUAAAAAGAUCAAAAUUAAGGAUGCAGUCCAAACACAUAGUCAGCGUGUCAAGAUAUUUGGUUGGGUUCAUAGACUUCGACGUCAAGGUAAAAAUCUCAUGUUUGUAGUGUUGAGAGAUGGCACUGGCUUUCUACAAGCUGUAUUUACAGAUCAAUUGUGUCAUACUUACGAGGCUUUAACAUUAUCAACAGAGUCUUCUGUAGCUGUGUAUGGUACCAUCCAUGAGGUGCCAACUGGGAAAACGGCAGUUGACGGUCAUGAACUGCGUGUUGAUUUCUGGGAGUUGAUCGGCACAUCGCCUGCAGGUGGCAUAGACACUAUCCUGAAUGAGGAGGCACAUGCAGAUGUACAGAUGGACAACAGACACAUGGUGAUCAGGGGAGAGAAUACUUCCAAAGUGCUAAAGAUGAGAUCAAUCAUUACUCAAUGUUUCCGAGAACAUUUCUUUGAUCGUGGCUACUUUGAGCUGACACCACCAACAUUAGUACAGACACAAGUCGAAGGAGGAUCGACACUAUUCAAAAUGAAUUACUUUGGUGAAGAGGCAUUCCUGACCCAGAGUUCCCAGUUGUAUUUAGAAACUGUGAUCCCUUCAAUGGGAGAUGUUUUCAGUAUGGCCCAGUCUUAUAGAGCCGAGCUGUCCAAGACACGACGCCACUUAGCAGAAUACACUCACAUUGAAGCUGAAUGCCCUUUCAUCUCAUAUGAGGAACUUCUUGACAAAAUUGAAGACCUUGUUUGUGACACAGUUGACAGGAUAUUGAAGUCUCCUUGGGGAAAGGUUGUCUUUGAACUUAACCCAGACUUCAAACCACCAAAAAGACCUUUUAAAAGAAUGAACUACACUGAUGCCAUAGAAUGGCUGGAAGAACAUGAAAUCUAUAAAGAGGAUGGUACGCCAUAUCAAUUUGGAGAUGAUAUCCCAGAAGCCCCAGAACGUAAAAUGACGGACACAAUUAAUGAGCCAAUCUUUCUUUGUCGAUUCCCUGCAACUCUGAAGUCGUUUUACAUGCAGCGAUGUCAUGAGAACACUAGAUUGACUGAGUCCACUGAUCUUCUAAUGCCCAAUGUGGGUGAGAUAGUUGGAGGCUCUAUGAGAAUUUGGCAACAGGAUGAACUGGAAGAAGGCUUUAAAAGAGAAGGCAUUGACACGAAACCAUAUUACUGGUACAUUGAUCAGAGAAAAUAUGGCACCUGUCCCCAUGGAGGUUAUGGCCUAGGACUGGAGAGAUUCUUGUGCUGGAUCCUUAACAGAUACCACAUCCGAGAAGUCUGUGCAUACCCAAGAUUUGUUGGAAGAUGUAAACCUUAAACUACGAGCUCAAUAAUUAGAUAAUAACAUUUGGAGCUGACAUAAAUCAUAACACAAUGCAGUCUAUUAUUACUUUGUGUGGAAUGUAACUUUGCAAUGAUAAGGAGUUUUUGAGAGUCAAUGUACAAGAGAACGUUGAGCUACUUGUACUGACUGACAUUUAUGUACACAGGUAAUUAGUUACUAUCACAAUGACUCAACUAUGCAGUGAUAGCGGAUUCAGUAGGUUGUAUAACAGACUGUAAUAUUUUUAUUUUAUGUAUGUAUGAAUAAUGAAAUAUUGACAAUGAAAAACAAACAAUAAAUAUUUUUUUAAACUUC